UCCCCAAAGGCUUCAACUGCAUCUGGUUCCAACCUGCUUCUUCCACUUCGUGUAUCUAGGGCACCAAGCUACCCUUUUCCUCCCCCCUCUUCAAGCUUCUCCCGUCAAAGAAUAGGCAGCCCUCAACAGAAAAUCUCAGCCAUCAAGAUGUCUACUGCCGUCGACAACCUCGCCGACAACCUCGCUUCCUCCACCAUCAACGAAGCUCCUAACGGCACUGCUCCCGAAGCUGCCCAGGCCACUGACGCUGCGGCUGCCAGUGCUGAUGAAGGACGUCGGCUGUACAUUGGGAAUCUCGCUUAUGCGACCACUGAGGGGGAGCUCAAGGAGUUCUUCAAGAACUACACCAUUGAAAGCACCUCCAUCCCGGUGAACCCUCGUACCAACCGCCCCGUUGGUUACGCCUUCGUUGAUCUUGCCACUGCUCACGAGGCUACUGCUGCCAUCGAGGAGCUCUCUGGCAAGGAGAUCCUUCAGCGUAAGGUCUCUGUUCAGCUGGCUCGCAAGCCCGAGCCUGCCGAGGCCAAGGCUGAAGGUGCUGGCGAAGAGGGUGCCCCUGAGGGCCGCAAGAGGACUGCUGGACGUGGCCGUACCCGUGGCCGCGGCCGCGGUCGUGGAGGUCGCUUUGGGCGUGGAGGCCGCUCUCGUCAGGCACAGACCGACCGCGCCGCAACCGAGGAACCUACCAACGUCCCGGGCCAGGCUGCUCCUCUUACUGAAAUCACUAAUGAAAACAAGACUGCCGUUGUCACUGAGGCUCCCAAGCAGCCUGCCAAGCCUCGUGCUCGCGUUCAGAAACAGCGCGGUCCCCCUGAGGAUGGCAUCCCGUCCAAGACCAAGGUCAUGGUUGCCAACCUUCCCUAUGAUCUGACCGAGGACAAGCUCAAGGAGAUUUUCGCUGCGUAUGAGCCGGUCUCCGCAAAGAUCGCUCUGCGUCCUAUUCCUCGCUUCAUGAUCAAGAAGCUGCAGGCCCGCAACGAACGCCGCAAGGGCCGUGGCUUUGGUUUUGUCACCCUCGGCUCUGAGGAACUCCAGGAGAAGGCCGUCAAGGAAAUGAACGGGAAGGAGGUCGAGGGCCGUGAGAUCGCCGUCAAGGUUGCCAUCGACAGCCCCGGAAAGGAAGAUGAGGCCCCUGUUCCUGCCGAAGGCGAGAAGGAGGCAGCUGCCGCUCCUGCUGCCCCUGCCGAUGAGAACACGGCCCCGGCCCAAGAAACCGCCUAAAUUGACAAGAACGUUCCAACCAGAACGUAUUAACGAAUCCACUGAUUGUGAAUGGAGGAGAUUGUGACCACACCGUAUAGGUAUUUUUGUAGUGAGCAUCGAACGAUGACUCUUAGCCGAAUAUCUUACCUGUGGAAUGGGGGUCUAUAUAAGACGCGGACUGAGCUCUCCGUUGUGAUUUGCUCCGAGGAGGAUGUAAUACGUGGUGAGAUUUCAUAUGGUGAAGUGACUUGCUCGAUGGAGACGUUGACUUUGGGCAAAUCUUGCCUUCUACUAUUGUAUCUUAGCCACCAUUUAACUUACGAUUUGCGGCAAGGCUGGCCUUGUAUUGCUUUGCGCAGGAUGACCUGCAAAUGUAGGCUUAUUAUUCC